AUGUUAUCGAAACUUGCACUUGUUUCUUUGAUUGGAGUCUCUGGGACUUACUCUAGCAUUGUCCCUGUGGAACAAAAGCCUUUGAUGUUGCAAUGUGAACCAGUGGACAUGGCAGUAUGGCACGCUUUGGUGAACUCUCGCAGUGGUAAAGAUGUGUCUGGAAAGUCAUUUCUUGAUCGCUACUACGGUUCGUUCUUUGAUAACAUCCAAAUCGAAUCAAACUCAAUGGCUCCAGAUGGAAGUUUGAAAAAGCAACCGGGCACUCUUGACUGGAGUUUACACUCCUUGAUGGUCAAUGAUGAGUACGAGUAUCCGGAUAAGGAUGACUUACGUGAUAUCAACGGAACGAACACUUUGUAUCGUGGAGGAGAGUUCGGAGGGUUGGUCACAUUCGCUCAUACUCCAUACGCCAAUUGCUAUGAUCCAGCGUUUUAUGACAAGGAGGAAUUUGAUAUUGCGGUUGUAGGAGCUCCGUUUGACUCGGGAGUUUCAUACAGACCCGGUGCAAGAUUUGGACCUAGUGGAAUCAGAAUGGGUUCACGUCGAUUGGCUCCUGCUUAUUCAGUUUACAGAGAUUCUUUCGACCCAUACUCCAACUGGGCUAAGAUAGUUGACUGUGGAGACCCUCCUGUGACUCCUUUGGACAACAGGGUUGCUUUGGAUCAAAUCUACCGGGCUAAUCGUGCUAUUGGUAGACACAAGACUACCCAGUCCAAUCCCAACAAGUCCCCCAAAGUGUUUACACUUGGAGGUGACCAUACAAUCACCUUGCCAGCAAUCAAAGCAGCAUAUGAGAAUUUUGGACCAAUCACCGUUAUCCACUUUGACUCACACUUGGACACUUGGGAAUCCGUACUAUUUUGGAGGAAAUGUCACCGAUUACCAGUCUGUGAACCACGGCACUUAUCUUCACUGGGCUCAUGA